UUGGAAAAAGCGAACGACGCGUCCUGCCGUGCGUGCUGCAGAAAAACAAUUAAAAAAAGUACGCGGGGUUUCGCUGGACAAGUGCUGUGCGGUGGAAUAUACUGUGGGCCGACUGGUUGGCGUUGGUGAUCAGCAACCGGGUCCAGUUGCGUUGAGUGGUGGAGCCGUGCGUGCGUGAACAAAUUCAUGCCCGGUAUUUUUCCUGCCCUGAGAAGCAGUGCACGCAAAGGACAACGGGACGGAAACGUAUAUGUGUGUGAUAGUGUGUGCCGUUUGGGAUAACUCUGUUGAGGAGCAUUGUUCGUCGGAAAACUGUUCCCAAGACCACCAACCGGUCACAAUACCAUUGAUGCCCAGUAGUGUACAGUCAAUGCCAGCGGAUCAAAUUAUUUUAGCUUCUUGCACAUGCCUGUGCUAAUGCGUGAGUGUGUGUGUAGGAAGAGGAAUAACUGAUCACACUAUCGAUGUUAUCUGAAGAAACGUCACAGUGGCCAAAAACAGCAGCAGCAAGAAGAGAGCGAACACGUGAAGAGUAAACAACUGCGACGGACGCGGCGGAAGCAGUGAGAGUGCGUGCGUGUGUUUGACUGGUGCUACGAUACGUGCGCGUGCGUGUGUAUGUGUGAAUUUCUUAUUUGAAUACCCCGGCGUAUCGUUUGCGCGUGGUUCUGCGGUCUCAAUUGUUUCUUAUGCCGCCGAAGAAAGAAGGGAUCGCCAGGCGGCGCCAGUUUAUUUUGGAUCACUAGAAAUUAAGCGUAAAUUAAGUACACAGCCGGUCAUAGCAGCAAAAGAUCUAGUACACACCUUUCGCGUAGGGUGUCUCGUGUGCGCGGGAGUGUGUCGGCACCAGCGUGUAUGCGCUCGUGCUUGUUUACGCGUGAGUGAGAGUGUGUAUGUGCGUUUGCCGCUGUCAGCAGUGCGUUGUGUGGAAGCAGCAAAGUAAAAGGUGCAUUGUUUAUGUUCACGGGAUAAAGAGAGAGUGUGAGAGAGAGAGAGAUAGAGAGGGAGAGCAAGUGAGCAAGAGGGUAAUGAUGUGAAAAAGCUGCACGAUUUUUGUCGUUUGAGUCACCUUUCUCGUUAGCGGCGUUGUGUGAAUGUGUGAAAGAAUUUCCCAUUCCUGUAAAGGUGUACAUAGAAGGACGCAUAACCCGCAAAAGUACGGCAGUCGGCAAAAAAGCAGAGGUGAUAUCAGGGUUUAAGGGACGUGAUAUGGUAUAUGGUGUAUGCAGCUAUGCAGUAAGAAGAGCAUAAAUUGUACCGAAGAAAGUACCCAAGGAAGCUGCCGCAGCUCUGUUGUGCGGAAAAAGUGAUAACGUCAAAAGAACUAAUCUCAUUCGACAGGAAGACUUAGCAUCGCGGUGUUCGUGUAGGAUCUUCCUUGACAAGCGCCUUUUUUUAAGGCGCCAGUGUGCGUGUGUGAGUGUGGUUUUGCAAAAAGGUAUCGCUAAACAACCAUCAGCAACUAUGACAACCAACAUGUAUCGUGUCGGAGACUAUGUCUACGUGGAGACAUCAUCUACGACACCGUUCCAGAUUCGGCGCAUCGAUGAGUUGAACAAAACACCGAACGGCAACGUUGAAGCGAAAGUGAUGUGCUUCUACAGGCGAAGGGAUCUUCCGACACCGCUCGUGCAAUUAGCCGAUAAGCACCAGAUGGCCACAUCCGAGGACUCCCCGGCGGCAAUGAAGCUGAAGAAGAUGUGGCUCAAGACACCCGUCAGUGAAGAGCAGGCCGCCCAGGCGGUGCUAGAUCCUGCCCUAGUUGCUUUGGAGGAGGAGCGUAACAACAGUCCCAACAGUGGUACAGGCGGGGGCGAACGUGGGGAGCAUCUGAACCCGAAGCAACGGCACCAGAUGAAGCAGCGGGAACUGUUCCUGUCGCGCCAAGUCGAAACACUUCCUGCCACUCAGAUACGGGGCAAAUGCUCCGUAACGCUGCUAAACGAAGAGGAAUCAUUGCUCAGUUACUUGAACAAAGACGAUACCUUUUUUUACUGUCUCGUGUUCGACCCAACGCAGAAAACGUUGCUCGCGGACAAGGGCGAGAUUCGUGUCGGUGCACGCUAUCAGACGGAUCUGCAGCAAAUGCUGAAACCGGGCGAAAAGGACGAUCGCAACAUAGAGGAGCUUGAGACGCUUGUGUGGACGCCGCAACAUUCGCUUACGGACAAGAAGAUCGAUCAGUUUUUGGUAGUGUCCCGAUCGGUUGGCACCUUUGCGAGGGCACUAGACUGUACUAGCUCUGUCAAGCAACCGUCCCUACAUAUGUCUGCAGCAGCUGCAAGCCGUGAUAUUACCUUAUUUCAUGCAAUGGACACGCUCCAUAAACACAACUAUUCGAUAGAGACUGCAAUGUGUUCGCUGGUUCCAUCGAGCGGGCCAGUUCUUUGCCGGGACGAGAUGGAGGAAUGGAGCGCCUCGGAAGCGAAUCUGUUUGAAGAUGCGCUCGAUAAGUACGGCAAGGACUUUAACGACAUUAGAAACGACUUUCUUCCGUGGAAAACUCUGAAAAGCAUAGUUGAAUACUACUAUAUGUGGAAAACGACGGAUCGCUACGUGCAGCAGAAGCGUGUAAAAGCGGUCGAGGCGGAAUCCAAGUUGAAACAGGUCUACAUUCCGAACUACACCAAACCGAGCCCGGCAUUGAUAACAAACAACAACAAGGGUAUAUUGAACGGAAAUUCAAACGGCGGCAGCGUGGACAUGCUGAUGUAUAGCAGCACCAAGGCAUGUGAAUCUUGUGCUACUAUGGCUUCGCAGCAGUGGUACUCUUGGGGUCCAGCGCACCUUAACAAUCGGCUGUGUCAGAACUGUUGGAACUAUUGGAAGCGUUACGGAGGCCUUAAAGUUGCAUCUAGGCUAGCGGACAACGGGGAGGUCGAUCCGGUGGCCACGAUCAACACCAGUAGCAGCAACGCGUCACCGGUUUCGCUGAAGAAGCGAAACCCCGGCAGCGAUAUCGAUGAUGAUCUUACAAUUGUGGCUAGUACCGGGCCAAUCGGAGGUCUCAGUGGGGUAACUCCCGCUGCUGCGUCUCCUGGUGGUUUAAGUAAUCACCGACCUCACAGCCCUUCGUUUAAAUGUUCCAUUGUGAACUGCGGUAAGGAAUUCAAGCUGAAGGCUCACCUGGCAAGGCACUACGCACAAGCCCAUGGCAUACAGAUACGAUCCGGUUCGCCUCGACCCAUUAUGAAGACGCGAACGGCAUUCUAUCUACACACGACCCUUACGACCCGACUGUCCCGCCGGUUAUGUCGACACAUCAUACGAUCGAAAAAGGCCGCUCGUCAACCCUCUUACGCGAUUAACAUUGCCAGUGUUAAGCAAGAGUUUGCAAACGCGGAAUCUGGAAAAAGUAUAACAGAGAUCCGACGGUUGCUUACGUUCCGGAAGAAAGAUCGUGGCAGCGUUACACAAAUCGCAAAUCGGCUCGGCAAUCCGGGUGUCAGUGUUAACGAAUGGUUGAUACUAACGCCGAAGGAGAACAUGCCGAAACCGGACGUGGUAGCGUUUCCAAAACCACCGAAAGCCCCCGACGGUACGCUGUUAUACGAUCGGAUACCAAAUAAAGGUGAAGAGGCAGGUAAACCGCCAAAUGCGGUCACCACGUCGGCGCCAGGGGUGCUUGGUGGAGCAGCGACGCUUCCUGGAACGGUCGGUGGGGCUCUCAGUGGUAAAUUAGCACCGUUGGUCGGUUCUGGCGGUUUGGCUGUAACACCGAUUGUCGUGGGAGGCAGCAACAACACUUCUGCAUCAGCAUCAGCCUGUUCUGCAUCAGUCGGUGGUGGAAGUACCGGCAGUUCCGGUUCUACGUCUGGUGGUGUUGCCGGCAGUGGUAUGCCAGCGAUCAAUCUACAUGCGAGUGCUUUGACAUCUAAUAGUUCACCGAGUGGCGCGGGUGUUUCCGCUGGUAGCAGCUUAGGAUCCUCUGGGGCGACGUCAUUGAAGCGUCGAACGUACGAAGAUGCGAAUGGAAUCGACGCCACCAUAGCACCACCGGCCAAGCGACCGAAUAAGGAUCCAAGGCCAUCGCAUCGGCCUACUCCAGAGCAAUAUGCGGCAAUGAUUGCAGCCGCGCAAUCUGCUGGACAGCCUCUUCCCCGACACCAUAUGAAUGGAAAACCAAAAAUUGCCCAAAUGGCUCGAACUGGUUCCGGACGAAAACAGGUGAUCAGCUGGAACGAUGCGCCGGAUGAUGUCUUUUACCGUUCCACCAAAGCUGGCCGCAAAUUGCGGCGGGAAAUUCCAAUAGUAGAGUUGCGUCGAGCUGCGCGGAAACCUUGGCGAAAUCUGCAUCCUAAGUACUCGGCGAUCGUGGCUGCCCUCUUGCCAGUGGCAUCUACGGCACCUAGUCUACCAGCACAGCUUACAGCCCAGUUGGGACAUGCAGCGCAACUAGCGGCGGCCAAUGCGGGGCAACAUCCCAAUUCGGCUAACCUAAACCUAAAUCUCAAUUCAGCGGCCGUUGCUGCUGCGGCGGCGGCCCUGGCUGGUGUUCAUCCACUAUCAGCGGCUUCAACGCUUGCCCUGAGCGGAACGUUAGGAGGUGCAGGAGGUUCUGUUAUAUCGCCAGUCGGAGGGGUACCUUCGUUGUCUGGAGGAUCCACCGGAGCAUCGUUAAUGUCUUCCGGGGCAGCUGGUUUGACGAACAGCAGCAGUACUAACAACAGUGGCAGUAGCAGCAGCGUCGUCAGCAACAGCAGCAGUAGCGGUGGUGGUGGUGGUGGUGUGGUCGCUACCGAUAGCAAUAAAAGUGAUCUACAGGUUGUAAUCCUAGACUGA